CCAAGCUACAACGCGCGCGCAGUUGCAUUACUAUUGGUCGCCCGUUUUUUGUUUUUUUGUUUUGUUUUGUUUUUUUGCCUUUGCGCGACGAAACUGUAGGCUACAGCGGGGGUGUUUAAUACUGAGCAGAUCGCGAGAAAGACCUCACUGAAGUUUAUCCAUCUAUUUUUUUAUCCAAACAGGUUGCCACAGUCACCAUCUCCUAACUUGUAAGGGCGCGCCAUGAGGACCAUUUGCGCUCCGAAGCUGCUUUGGCUCGCUCUGCUCUGCGCCGCCUCUUCGCUGCGGGCGUCGGAGUACGAGUACAGCUGGAAGGACAUAGUAUAUACCUACGGUAAAGGUCCACAGUGCGUGCCUAUCCCGGAGGACCUGCAGCUCUGCUAUAGUGUGGGCUACAGCCAAAUGAUUCUGCCAAACCUACUGGGUCACGACACUUUGCAGGAGGUGAAGCAGCAGGCGAGCAGCUGGGUCCCGCUGGUGCACAAGCACUGCCACGCGGACACCCAGGUAUUCCUGUGCUCGCUGUUCGCCCCGGUGUGUCUGGCCAGGCCGGUGUACCCGUGCCGCAAGAUGUGCGAGUCUGUGCGAGACAGCUGCGCUCCGAUCAUGGAGGCUUUCGGCUUCCCUUGGCCGGAGAUGCUUAACUGUAGCAAGUUUCCAGUGGACGAGUUGUGUAUCGCCACGAACAUGACAGACAAGCCCGAAAGCUCAGACUACACUCCUUUGUGUCCUGUGUGUGACAGAGGGAUGACUCAUAUUCUGGACCAAAUUUGUGUCAGUGAGUUUGCCAUCAAGACAAGAAUAAAGGAAGUGCAAAAAGAAGGCAGGGACAGGAAGGUGAUGCUGGAAAAGCGCCGGAGGCAGGUGAGACUCGGGAACCUGAAGAAGGAGAAAAUGAAGAAGCUGGUCCUCUACCUGAAGAACGGAGUCGACUGCCUGUGCCAGCCGCUGGAACACCUGGACACCAGCUACCUCAUCGUGGGUCGGAAAGUCGAAAAACGCUACCUGCUGACCGGAAUUCACAAGUGGGACAAAUCCAGCAAAGAGUUCAAGAAGGCUCUGAAGAAACUGGAAAGCAAAAAUUGCCAUGACACAUUCUUGAAAUAAAAGUGACACAUGUGCGUUCUGAAAUCCUGCUUUCAAUCAUACACUUCAACAUCUCUAUAUAACCUUGUGUUUAGUUUUACAUUGUAGUAAAGUUUGUCCACAAUCCAGUAAUACGAGAAAAUAUCAGUCAUCAGUUGUAUCGAGAUUGAAAUUGCACAACAGAUGCAUCUGAAUUUAAGCACAAUCCAGAACUGCUGCGAUCCUCUGGACUCACUCAUAACACUAUUGCUAUGUUUCUCAAACCUUUUAAAAACAUUCAUUCAUCCAUAACAAUUAAAAUCUGUGAAAAUUUCAACAUGCAAGAGUUCUGCAUACUUGAUUUAAAAUGUAUUUCAGUGAACUGCCUUUUUGUGUGUGAAUGUGGAAAACCUGAUGCUCUGUGUUUGCAUUAAACCCGAUGCUCUGUUUUUGAGUUAAUCCCA